UCUUCUUCACGGCUGAUGAUGACAUGUCAACAACAAACAUGGCAUCCAGCAGCAACUAUUGGGAAGAUUUGCGUAAACAGGCCAGACAGCUGGAAAAUGAGCUGGACCUCAAGCUGGUCUCCUUCAGUAAACUCUGCACCAGCUACAGCAGCAGCAGCAGCCGGGACCAGCGGACAAGAGACAGCAGGUCUGAUUCUGUCGGCUCAUCUCAUGACAACAUGCUCGUUGCCAUGACUACUGAGCUGGAGCAGCUAUUGGCCAAUCUUACCGCAGUCAAUGACAGGAUGGCAGAAUACACGCACACUCCGGGGGCUACAUCACAUAACGCAGCAUUGAUGCACACCUUACAGAGACACAGAGACAUCUUACAGGACUAUACUCUUGAGUUCCACAAAACCAAAAGCAACUUCUUCAGCCUGCGAGAGCGAGAGGAUCUACUAGGCUCUGUUCACAGAGACAUUGAGUCCUACAAGAGCAGCGUAGGAGUGAAUAACAGAAGGACUGAGCUCAUCCUGAAGGAACAUGAACAUCUCAGAAACUCAGAUAGUCUUAUCGACAACGCAAUAAGUAUCGCCAUAGCUACCAAAGAGAACAUCACAUUUCAGCGUGGGAUGCUGAAGUCCAUUCAAACCAGGGUCACAACUUUGGCCAAUCGUUUCCCCGCCAUCAACAGUCUCGUCCAGAAAAUCAAUUUGCGCAAGAGGCGGGACUCUUUAAUUCUAGGCGGGGUGAUAGGCGUCUGCACCAUUCUCCUGUUGCUCUACACUUUCCACUGAUUCGCAGUUCAACUGACCAUUACUUUCUUCAAAAAGGAACAGAAUAUAUUCAUUGUAUCUCAAGGUUUUUAAAAAAUAUGUUAAUAUUCUAAUUUACUCUCCUUUAAAAAAAACUGUUUAAAUAGUUAAGAAAGAAUUUUAUUUUGAAAAUAAAAAUAUAUCACUAAAAAAGUCUUAAUUGAAAUCCAUUGAACUGACUGGAGAGUUUAUUUAUUUUCUGAUUAAUGAUGUAACAUGUCCAUCUUUGGAGUUGUAUAUUGCUGGUUAUAUCCUAUUGUAAUGUUAACUCUUUAUAAAAUCUUUAUGAAAUUUGUUAAAUGUUGAUGUCAUACUUCUUUAUAUAGUAUCAGCGGCGCCUAAUAAAAUAAAGGUGAUGGGCUCACUGUCAA